AUGCCUUCUCGUGGCCCGAAGGCGACCGGCGAACUUAUCAUUGUCCACCAGGAAAGCCGAAAGAGUCGAACGCGAGCUCGAGCGCACUUGGCGCAUAACGGGAUCAGAAAGAGGAUCCAGAAGCAGCGUGGACAGGACCAUGACAGUCCAGCACCCCCCGGCUCAAGAGCCGUAGCCGCUUCUUCCAUUCCUGCCCCGGUCGCACUGUCGGGCUUUUCGAUGGUGGAGUAUUUGAUCUCCACCAACAUCUUCCCGGAUCUUAACAGCACAUGGGGGGUGAGUCCCGCUGUUUGUCCCGGUCCUGCAAAUCUAUCGCAUACCCUCUCGCGGGCCUCCGAUGUACUGGAAUGUAUUUUCCGUGCCAAUUUGGCAUUUCACUGGCUUGAUCUCAAUUUGUGGACGAACCCCGAGAAGAAGAGGAACAUGAAAGUCGCCGCCCUGACGUAUCGAGGGCAAGCACUAGCAUUGGCACAGAAAGAAUUGCUUCACCGGCGUAUACCAAGCUCCACAAACCGUGACACUAAGCGACAACCUGUCCACCCCGCAAAUAGGGAGAUCUGCUUUGGUAUCGUGCUCCGAAUGCUUCAUCUCGACUACCGGUUUGCGCGAUGCGACGUCCAGGCUCAUUUUGUGGCAUGCCGGCAACUGCUUAGGGACAGCUCAGAUGGCAGCCUCACGGAGGAUCAGCAAUCGCUUGAAGCUCUGGCAUCCACCAUUCGUAAUCCUCAUCUCCAUCACCUCAUGAUCACCUUUGAAUGUAUCAACCGCACCCCCAACAGUGUCAUCUGGGAUGAUGCGGACUUAAGCUUUCUUACGAGGAAUCUGUAUCAAUUUGUCAAUCGCAUUCAGGCGGGUGAUGAAGUAUCUACGGAGAACCGAACUUUGGAUGAAUCUAUCCCAACGACACUGCCAAGGGUCUCCCCAUCUACUAUCUUGUGGCGAUGCCUCACAAAGAGACCGACGUCGAUCCCGUCGAAUAUCUACCGUGAUGUUUGCGAAUCUAGUGCACAGAUUGCGGCAUUACUACUCAUUUGUUCCGUGUUUCUCGACUACGAAGAUGACUCUGAAAGGACUGAUACUUCGAUUCCCUACCAGUGCGUUGAGGAACUGGAGAAUGCGCUCUUUGCUCUCGGGGAGGAAAACGCUGUAUCCAGUGCGCUCAAUUCCGCCUGGCUACUGGCUGGUGGACUCGGACUACCGCUAACACACCGGCGCGCUCGUUUGUGGUCUGUAUCUGGGAUGCUAUAUGCUCUGAAACGAUCUUUCAGUCUUGAUCUGACCGUCACAGCAUCGGGCCAUGUGGUGAAUGCGCAGUAUGUCAAGCAGGUUUGCUUGGAUUUCUUGGGUAGGCCUUGGAUACGAUCCUGA